UUCUCCAAGUCGGUCAGAUAAAUUUCGGCACUCGGUCGGCGCGGAAGGAAAUUUUGCCAAGUCGCGCGCGCGGAACGUUCGCUCAGUAGUGUAGUGAGUAGGUACAAGUCAGACGAGUUAGUGCGGAUGUGUUAGUGCGCAGCGCACCUUUUGCGCACACUUUACUUUUCUUUCGUGAUUAAUUAGUGAAGCGAAAAGAUCGUAGCAGCGUGAAGAAUUUGGAAAGAUUGAAGUUCCCAUUCAUCGUUUCACGUACGGUAUCACAUUGUAGUACUAGAACGCGUGGAACGGACAACAACAAUGGCGGGCGGCCAGCAGCGGUUUUAGCAACAUGGCGGCGGCGCGUCGGUUUUGACAGCCCACAGCUAGACAAACACCGCUUAGUAGGCGAGGGUAUUCAAAACAAACAUUGUGUAGUGAUUUGUCGUGGCAGGCAGGCGCACGGACGGGCACGCACUUGGGGAUGUCGCUUUUACGACGGGUUUUUAUGUGACCGCGCGAAUAAAAGUGGCGAAUGAGCUAUAAAAGUGCGAUCGCCAUUUUUUUUUCCCUCUUCUUGUGCCAUUUGCAAAUCCGUUGACGGAUUGAUUUUUCAACUGGCGUCGCGAAACCGGGGCGAACUCAGCGUACAAUAACCUCGUAAGUGAUUUUCGUACAUUUCGUAGAAGAAAUCUCGAUUGAAGAAAAAUCGAAAGGGAACGACAGUGAACCAACCGCAAGGAUAAAUUUCCUCGAAAAAAAAAAAAGACCGCAGUGAAAGAGUUGCGAGUGCCAAAAAUCAUCCUCGUGGAAAACCAUGAAACUGUGGAAAUCCAAGAAAAGUUCCUCCGGUUCGGGUAGUGGCAACAGCAGCACCAGUAGCAGCUGCGUGCCCGGAGGCGGAAGUGGCAAGGGUGGGACACUAUCGAAAAGCUGCAAUUUCAAUGGGCACAGCGGCGGCAGCAGUAGCAGCAACAACAGCUUCGAGGAUAAUAGCGUCGAGACGUCGUUCAUCAACCCGGCAGGCAAUGGCGGUGGUGGUGGUGGAGCGGCAGCUGUGUCGUCGUCGGCUGCGAUAACCACUGCUGGGACGCCGUCGGCUGGUCUGAUGCAGUCGUCGGCCGAAGGAGCAAGGGGAGCUGGAACGACCGGGAGCAUGUUGUCGGCAAUCGAUCGGGCCAUGAGUCCGGCCCAGUCCGAGGAUUCCGGUCUGGCGGCCGAUCGCGCAACAACUUACGCGACGAUUUCGAUCCCACGCGACCAGGGCGCGUCCCUCGGGAUCAUUCUGGCAGAUCGUUCGGACUUAUCCUAUCCUCCUGUUGUGGAGUCCAUUAACGGGCCCGCUGCGGACAUUCUGGCACCCGGCGAUCGGAUUCACCAGAUCGAUGGAAUAUCAACGAUCGGACUCACCAAUCAGCAUUUAUUCAGCAUACUGGCGCACGGAGAAGGACCAGCCGUUAUCGAGAUCGAGUAUUCUUUUCCAGAGUAUAUUUCCCAGAACAGUCUGUGCGUGACCACCAAACUGGCCCAAAUCACAGUGGAGCGUGAAAAUGGCUGCCUGGGGCUGACGCUCCGUGGCGGCGGCGAAUACCCGCUGAUCGUGACGAACGUCCGGAUGCACGGGCCGGUGUUCAAAACGGGACAGAUCAAACCAGGCGAUCGGGUGCUGCGGGUCGAUAAUGCAUCCUUGGUCAACAAAACACUCUCGGAAGCGCAGCAUAUUCUGAAAAACGGUCACCUGUCCGGCUACACCAACCUGACGAUCGAGUACGACGUGUCGGUAAUGCAGAGCGUCGAGUUCAGUAUGGGUCCGCUACUGUUGGAGAUCGAACGGCCGAUGAACGAAAAGUUGGGUCUGAUCCUGAGCAACUACUCCAGUGCCGUCAACCAGAGCGACAUCUAUCACAGCGGCAAGAUGGACGAGGUGCAGCCGGCCGGGAUCUACAUUGCCAGCAUCCUGCCGGCCAGCAUUGCCGAUCGGUGUGGCGCCCUCUCAGUAGGCGAUCAGCUGUUAUCGGUGGAUGAAACGAUCGUAGAGAACAGUGCCUUCUCGCCGGAGGAAGUGUCCUCGCUGUUGGACGCCAACUGUACCAAAGGUUACACCCAGCUGCAGAUUCUGCCAGCGCACACUCUGGUUCGGAGAAGAGGAAUCGCCUGUUCCAGCCCGAAGUACGGCUUCAACACAGUGGACUCCCGCAAGAAUAUCUCCGCCGCGGCCAAGAGCCGUCGUCUCGUACGCAAGAGCUCUCUUCCACAGCCUACCGAAAAUGGUGCCACUCUGCAUCCAAACGUGGGCCUCUGCAAAGCGGAAACCAUCCAGCUGGUACUGGACUGCUCCCAAGGUUCCGGUAUCUGCUUGGGACCGAAGACUCCGUGUGGCCGCGGCUACAUCAUAGCGCAGAUCAUGCCUGACUCAGUGGCGGAGCGUUCCGGCUGCCUUUCCAAAGGAGACCGAAUUCUUGCCGUCAACAAAAUGUACAACCUGGACGCAAACACUAUCCGACAAGUUCUGGGAGACUUCGGGUCAAAAACCGCGGCCAACCACUAUCACAACCAACCGCAGACAACGAACUGGGUCGAACUGGAGCUGGAGUUCGACGUGGCGGAUGCCGUAAUACCUUCGAGCGGAGUGUUCAACAUCAAGCUGAUCCGGCAGAACAAGUGCGGUUUGGGGAUCACGGUCAACGGCAACAGUCACGGAUCGUUUGUCAUAUCGGAAGUUAAGCCGGGAAGCGCUGCUCACAGGACGGGAUCGUUGAGGGCCGGGGAUGUGCUGUUGGCGGUCGAUAACCAUCCCGUGCAGCAUUACAACUUGGAUUUGCUGCUGAAGGAGAGCAAGAACGAAUACAUCACGCUGACGGUGAAGAGGAACUCACUGCCGGACUUCCUCUUCGAUGCCCAGCAGAAAACGAACCUGCUGUAUGGAAGCACGGAGGACAAUGCCUACAUAUAUGGAAACAGAUACAACGAAUCGCCUUCCCUAAAAUCCAACAACAACGUAGAUUACUUCCAAGUUGAAGACAACUCGCAGUACCAACAGCCGCAGCAGCUACGGAGACCUAUGUGGAAUCACCCGACGCUGCACGACAUCCUCCCUACAUCCGGAAACCCUAUGACCCAAAGCACCGGUACAUUGAAAGCCAUCCAUCAUCCAUCGCAGCAGCAGCAGCACCAACAAUCCAUGCAGACGUCCAGCGCAGAGAACCUUCCGCAUCCGUCCAACCAGAUGCUCGCCUCCGAAGGGGACCUUUGCGAGGACCGCUACGACGACAUUGUCCACUACAAGAUGGCGUCGAUGAACAUCAACAGCACAAACUAUGUCUCGGCCGCCGGUGGAGGAGCGGGGAUAGCUGGUGGCGGAGUCAACGGAGGCUCCAACGAUCAGAUCCACCAGAUCAUCUUCAAUGUACGGCUGGAACCGAAUGGAGGUCCGCUGGGAAUCACGCUAGCCGGGAGUGAUGACCUGCAGAAGCCCAUCAAGAUCAGUGCCUUGACAGAAGGUGGAAUUGCGUACAACACCGGUCAGUUGAAGGUUGGGGACUGUCUGUUGGCUAUCAAUGGAGAGAGCAUUUGCGGAGUUCCGUUGACAACGGCUACCAAGCUGCUGCACAAGUUCGAGAAUGUGGUGGACUUGCAAAUUUCGCGGACGGAGUGCGUUGGAGGUGUGCGAAGUAAUGGAAUGGGAAUUGGAGGGGAACCUCAGCCGCAGGCGGUCUAUGCGAAGGUUCAGCGAAGACCACGAAGUCCUUCGAUUACGGAUGCACUGUCGACGAAUUCGAAUUCCAGUGGUGCGGGCAACUGCCGCACUUUGCACGUGACCCUGUUCAAGGAUCGAGUCUACGACGACUAUGGGUUCUCCGUAUCGGAUGGUCUGUACGAGCGAGGUGUCUACAUCAACAGGAUUCGGAGUGGAGGACCGGCCGAUUUGGUCGGCAUGCUGAGGCCUUUCGACCGGAUUGUGCAGGUCAACGGAACCAAAACGCAGGACUUCGACUGUUGCCUUACCGUGCCGCUGAUAGCAGCCGCCGGGGACAAGAUCGAUCUGGUAAUACAACGACCCCUGACGGCGGAAUAACCUCCGUGGUGGAGGCGUCCGCCAGCCAGUGGCAGGAACCUAAUUCAACAAGUGCCAUUUCCAGAGCGAACAAUAAGCAAAGGUGCCAAUUCGAAGCCAAAUCCUUAAGAAUAGUUAACACGUAAGCAGCAUUUGAAAUCAUUCGUACUCGAAGGUUUUUCCCCCUUGUUCCCUUCUAUCCCACUAUCCGCAUUAUUCAUUACUACUCAUCUACAACUCCUUUAUCGUAUUUAUUAUCUACACAAUCACCUAAAAAAAAAUCCUCGGAAAUUAGAUAACUACGAACUUUUACACAAUACUCGUUAGGACAAUAAAUCAAAGUUAGUGCAAGGUUUUUCUCGCAGAUUUUUCGAGUUCAUCAGAGUUUUUCAACCAACAAGUUCUAUUAUAGGGUUAUCGAAAUCAAAAAGUCAAUUUUUACAACCUA